CCUCAGGGAUGACCCCGGUAAUUUACCCAAUAAUAUUAUUUAAAUCAUGAAUCGUGGCACGAGCUUGGCACCACAAGAGAUUGGCGCGCAUUUUUCUCUGAAUAAGACCAUAUGAUUAAAAAAAUAAAAAAAAUAAAUAAUGUAGAUUUGUAAUUGUAAUCGACAAAACGACGUCGCACACAAAAAUAAAGACUAUAUUUUGUUUUGUUUUUUUGUGACAGCCAUGAAAUACCGCAUACUCUGGUCCUCUAUCCGCCCAUUCUCCAUUCUUCCUCCAUUUUCGCUCCAUCGAGCAACUCAUUUAUUUAAUUUUCUCUCUCUCUAUUUUUCCCCAAUUUAUCUUAUUCGUGCUACAUUUUCCCCCAUACAAUUUUGACUUCAGAGAUUUUUGCAUGGAGUUUUGAUCUAUUUGAUCUCGAUUUUUUUUUCUCCUGAUUUUCGUUCUGGAAUUAAUGUAUAAUGUGUUUUUUUAAUUUCUAUAGAUUAAGGGUUUGUUUGGUACUCGAAAUGGGGGAAUGAGAUCCGGUGAUCAAAUGAAAAGGGUGUGAAAUUUUUGGAUUAUAUGCAGCAGGAGGGAAAGAUGUAUUUCACAAGGCUAGAUGAUUCGCCGAUGUUUCGGCAACAGAUCCAGUUGAUGGAAGAAACUGCCGAGACAUUAAGAGACAGAAGUCUUAAGUUUAAUAAAGGAUGUCGGAAGUACAUUGAUGGGCUUGGAGAAGCAUAUGAUAGAGACAUUGCUUUUGCAACUGCUCUCGAGACUUUUGCAGGAGGGCAUCAUGAUCCUAUAUCUGUAGCAUUUGGAGGUCCUGAUAUGGCCAAAUUUGCAAUUGCACUGAGAGAAAGUGGAACUCACAAGGAGGUUCUCCGGACACAGGUGGAGCACAUGCUGAAUGACAAACUUGUACACUUUGCUAAUGUUGAUCUUCAAGAUGUCAAGGAAGCCCGAAAGCGCUUUGAUAAAGCCAGUGUUAUUUAUGACCAGGUUCGUGAGAAGUUUCUAUCGUUGAGGAAAAGUGCAAGAAUGGACAUAGCUAGUGCCCUCGAGGAGGAACUUUACAAUGCAAGAUCAACUUUUGAGCAAACACGCUUCAAUCUGGUCAGCGCUCUCUCUGCUGUUGAAGCAAAGAAGAGGUUCGAGUUUUUAGAAGCUGUUGGCAACACAAUGAAUGCUCAUCUUCGGUAUUUCAAACAGGGAUACGAGCUAUUGCAUCAAAUGGAACCAUAUAUUAACCAGGUCUUGGCUUAUGCUCAACAAGCAAGACAAAAUUCGAACUAUGAGCAAUCAUCUCUCAAUGAACGGAUGCAAGAGUACAUGAGGCAGGUUGAUCAAGAGAGCCGGCGCUCUUUCAAUGGACCGCAGAGUUCCACAAAUGGUGAUGCCAUACAAUCUUACCCCAGAAGUUCUCAUAAAUUGAUAGAGGCAGUGAUGCAUUCUGCUGCCGAGGGAAAGGUGCAAACCAUUAAACAAGGAUAUCUCUCUAAACGUUCGUCCAAUUUGAGAGGUGACUGGAAGAGAAGAUUUUUUGUUCUUGAUAGCCGGGGAAUGCUUUACUAUUAUCGCAAACAAUGGAGCAGGCCAACUUUCCAUGGAAGUAGCAGCCAGAUGCCCAUACACAGAAAUACUCCUUCCGAACCAGGUUCUGGAUUGUUGAGUCGCUGGCUUUCAUCUCAUUACCAUGGUGGCGUGCACGAUGAAAAAUCUGUUGCACGUCACACAGUUAACCUGCUUACAUCCACCAUAAAAGUUGAUGCAGAGCAGUCUGAUCUGAGAUUUUGUUUCCGAAUUAUUUCACCUACAAAAAACUACACUUUACAGGCGGAGAAUGCAACAGACCAGAUGGACUGGAUUGAAAAAAUAACAGGAGUUAUUACUUCUUUGCUGAGUUCACAAGCACCUGAGAGGUUCUGUUUUAGUCCGGUUAGUGAAAGUAGUUCCUUUGGAAGUCCUGAUCAUGAUCUCAAGACCAUUCAUGAAUACACAUCAGAGAAAGAUCAUUCGACUAGAAAUAUAAUCCGAUCAACCAGAAGUUCCCUACAAAUUCACUGCAGCUUGAAAAAUGAGAAGCCAAUUGAUGCUCUGAGGAAGUUACCCGGAAAUGAUAAAUGUGCUGACUGUGGCGCUCCCGAACCAGAUUGGGCUUCCUUGAAUCUUGGUAUUCUUAUAUGUAUUGAAUGCUCUGGCGUUCAUCGUAAUCUUGGCGUGCAUAUAUCCAAGGUAAGAUCCUUAACACUUGAUGUGAAAGUGUGGGAACCUUCCGUCAUUACUUUGUUUCAGGCACUGGGUAAUGUCUUUGUCAACUCAAUAUGGGAAGGGUUGUUACGAUCAAGUAGAACUGUUCAGGCAGAUGAAAUACCAAUGCGGUCAUUCGAAUCUGAUAAAUACAAACAGUUUUUAACCAAACCACAUCACAGUAAUCAUAUAUCAGUAAAGGAGAAGUUCAUUCAAGCAAAGUAUGUAGAAAAACGCUUUCUUCACAAAUUAAAGGAUAGCCAGCAUUUCCUUUCAGUUGCUGAACAGUUAUGGGAAAGUGUUCGUGUAAAUGACAAGAAAUCCGUGUACCGCCUUAUCGUCACGUGGGAAGCAGAUGUUAAUGCAGUCCGGGGUCAAUCUUCGCCUGUUACAUCCUUAUCUUUAGCCAAUGUUAUGAGAUUGCAUGAACAAGAAAAUUCUGAAGAGACCUUUCAUGAUGUAGAAGAAACUACUUCAAAAUCCUUGGACCUACAAGAAGAAAAUGAGAAUCCACUUGUUGAUAAGCUUUUUGAUGGAUGUUCCUUACUUCACCUCGCCUCUCAAACUGCUGAUAUUGGCAUGGUGGAGCUUCUCCUUCAGCAUGGGGCAAACGUGAACACUUGUGAUUCAGGGGGUCAUACACCGCUGCAUCAUUGCGUUAUGAGGGGUAGAAUCGGAAUUGCUAAACUGUUGCUACUCAGGGGGGCCAAUCCAGAAGCCGUUGACAAGGAAGGUAGAACUCCUUAUCAGCUCCUUUCAGAAUCAGAUAUUGAUGAUGUCGAGCUCCUUGCUCUCAUGAAGAAUGCAAAUAGAUAGUAUUAUGUACAAACAAAUUCCAAAAUUAGCUUGGUUCGUGAUGCCGCUGUCCUUUACACCAAGAGGAGACAAUUUUCUUUAUCUUUUUCUCCCGAUGCCGUCUUUUUAAGAUGUUGAGAAACUUAUUUUAUUUCUUUUUUGAAUUGACAUGAGAGAUUAGUCUGCGUGCUGAUCAUGAUUGUCAACCGUAGAUAUAGAAGAAUACUGGUUUUACGAUCAAGAGACUGAGGCCAUACUUCAAUUGUCCCUUGUUUAAAUAUACUGUAUAGUAGACAUGAUUUUUUGUGUAUAUAAUUGCUAAGUUGUUUGAGCAUUGAGAAGGAACACGAAGUUUUUCAAAUAGUAGCUUACAGUUUUUGUGUU